AAGUAAGCCGCCACUCUUUCUGUGCAAUCCUCGCAAGGAAAUUCACGAAAUUCAUGCCCACUACAUACUACAUAGGACAUACCCCAACCUCAUCUUCCUCGUUUUGUCUCCUUUUAAUUUAGUACCAAACGACAUUACAAUUUAGUUGCAACACCGCAAUAAUGAAUAUUGCUUCGAGAUUGGAAGAGAACUCGCCAACAACCUUAUCCUCGCCGAAAACAUGGUCGGAAAGUUUGGUGAAAUCCACGCUGUCGGAGCUGAAAGUGCAGCGCCCGAUACUGCUGCCGUUGCUGCUCAUGAACUUCACGUGGUUCGCCAAGCUAACCAUCACGACGGCGUUUCUCGGCCGUCUCGGAGAGCUUUCCCUGAGCGGCGCCACCCUCGGCUUCACCUUCGCAAAUGUCACCGGAUUUUCCGUCCUCAACGGCCUCUCCUACGCCGUGGAGCCGAUUUGCGGCCAGGCGUUUGGCGCCAAGAAUUUCCGCCUCCUCCACAAGACGCUUCUCAUGGCGGCCACUUUGCUCCUCUUUAUCUCCCUCCCCAUCGCUCUCCUGUGGCUCAAUGUCGACAAGAUUCUUCUCCACUUCGGACAAGAACACGAUGUUUCGAUUGUGGCCAAGGAAUAUGUCGUGUAUCUCCUCCCUGACUUAGUUAUCACGUCGUUCUUGUGCCCUUUGAAGAUAUAUUUAACUGCCCAGAACGUAACCGUCCCGAUCAUGGCGGCCACGGCUUUAGCCGUCGGAUUGCAUGUGCCCUUAAACGUGUUUCUGUCAAAAUCAAUGGGAAUUCGAGGUGUUUCCAUGGCGUUUUGGGUUACAGAUUUCAUGAUUUUGGCGAUGCUUUGUAUAUACGUUGUGAUACAAGAAAACAGGAAAGGCUUUCAUAACCUUACAGGGUGGUGGGAGCAAAGCGGCGGCGAUUGGGUCAGCCUGCUUAAACUCGCCGGACCCUGCUGCCUCACGACUUGCCUGGAAUGGUGGUGCUACGAGAUCUUAGUGCUUCUCACCGGAAACCUCCCGGACGCGAAGGAGGCGCUGGGGGUUAUCGCCAUUGUUCUCAACUUUGAUUACUUGUUGUUCUCUGUUAUGCAGUCACUCUCCACCUGCGCGUCCGUGCGCGUCGCCAACGAGCUCGGCGCCGACGCCGCCGCGCCGGCGAAGAUCUCCGCGUGUGUCUCGCUGGGUUUGGCGGCCGUCUCCGGCGUCCUCGGCGGCGCGGCCAUGGCCGGUGCGAGGGGGUUCUGGGGAGCUCUGUUCACGCGGGAGAAAGGGAUCAUCGUGGGAGUGAAAAAGAUGAUGCUGAUAGUGGCGGUUAUGGAGGUGGUGAAUUUUCCGGUGGUGGUUUCCGGGGGAAUUGUCCGGGGAACGGCGAGGCCGUGGCUGGGAACAUACGCCAGCGUCUGCGGAUUCUACCUGCUGGCGCUGCCGCUGGGUGUGAUUUUGGCUUUUAAGGUUCACCUCGGACUCGCCGGAUUGCUGACGGGUUUCGUCGCCGGAGUUACAGUUUGCUUGGUGGUUCUGGUGACGUUUAUCGCUAGGAUCAAUUGGGAAGAAGAAUCAAGAAAAGCACAAAUUCUUGCAUCUUGCGCCAUUGACGAGGCUACCAACAAUGAUGAUCAAUAGAGUUUUAGUAUUUGGUCUCAAUUAAAAAUUUAAUCUUUAUUUUAAUUAAAAGUUUAAUCUUAUGUUUAAUUGACAUUGUUUGUCAGAUUUGUCAAUUUCAAUGAAAUCUCAACAAU